AUGCCUCCCUCUCGCCGAUGCUACCGAACGCAGCGUCAGUUUCAUCCUCAUACCAUGCGAGUUUGUUUUCAAUCUGAAAGAUUGGUCACACCGCCACCUUCCCCCGCUCGGCACGAGUUUGGUCCGGAGAGUACAGCUCCCUCACUGACUGCUGCCGUACUUCUCCACUCCUGCCAAACUAUUCCAAAGCCGAAUGGAGAAGUUACUCGCAUCGGUCGCGGUGGCUAUAAUCUCCGAGAUGCUUUGCGCUGGAAAGAGGCGCUAUACACUCAAGUACAGAAUACUGUGCAUCGUUUAGCAGAUGCGCAUUUGCAAAUACAUACAUCAUUUUCGAAGCAGUCGUCCCAGGAUCUUCAAACGGUCUACACUCUGGCAGCCAAUGACUAUCCAUUCUUGACGAAGUAUGAGAAUAAUUGGGUUGUAGCGGACUUUCUCCGCGUGUACCUCAAGAACAAGUCGGCAUCUACAAAGAAAAAGACGAUGGCAGAAUGA